UUCUUUGGGGGUCGUCAUCAUUGCGCCGAAUCAUCCCAACGUGCAGUACUUGAUUGGAUGGUUAUUCGUCGUCUACUUUAUCGUUGUGGGGUUAUUUCUAGCCUGGACGUUGAGAGGGGCGUUUGCGGAUUUCGAAAAGCUGACGGAAAUUCAGAAACGAAGUGGAAUAUUGCCCACCAAUUAUGCCAAAUUGGAUGGUGUGGGGGACGAUAGCGUUUGGACGAAGUGCGACUAAUAAAUAAGCAAUCUCAAUUCUCAGUUACAUCCCUACGUACAAUCAGACACACCCAAACCUUAUCAUCAAACAGUCAUCAAUUCAGCCCAUUAUUUAAUCGAGAAGCAGCGAAACUAUCAACUUUUUAAUCCAAUUCAGACCUCUACCUUCAAUCAACAAGUCGUCACCCACUACAGAAAAUUCGACAAGCGCACUCUGGUCGUCCCACCGCUCAAUACGCAACAGCAGUUUGCUUCAUAAUCCUGAUAGAAGUAGCAGCCUCCUUUACACGAAAAAGUUAAUCUUUUUCCUUCUGACACUUGCCAAACAUAUGGAGAUCUUGGCUGUCUACAAGUGUUGGAAAAUACAUAUGUACUCCUACCAGUUAUUCGGCGAUUUGUGAUAUUCAAAUCAAAUCACAAUACAUAUCUCUCUUUCUGUUUAGUUUCGUGUCGUGUAUUCUGCAGCCAGAGGCAUGUGACAUCCCAUCCACGACAUCAUUACAUUACUACAUAUUUUAUUGUAAAACCCUGACAGUGAUCAAAUCAACGUAAUUAUUAAUACAACGAAAGAUAUUCUAUAUCAAUCAGAACAGACAGAAACAGAAAACCUGGUUAAAGUGGGUCAUUUCGGGUUAAAAGAUUGUUCAGAAACUCUCAAAUAUUUGGAUUUCCCAUUUUCCUUGCACAUUCUUAUACCUUUACAUCAUAUCAAUUAUCAAACAUUUCAAUUUCAAGUCUUUAAAGAAGUGAUUUUUCUAUUCUGCUCAAUUCAAUUACUUAUUUGAUUCAAAAGUAUUUGUGAUGUAAUAACAAUUUAAUUGUUAUCUAUCCGUAGUUAUCGAUCCUUGUUAUUAUUUUUGUCUUUAGAAUUUUUAAUAGUUUGUCAAAUCAAGUAGUUUAAAGUAUUGUCGAUAUAAAUAAUGGCGUUGAAAAAAGUGAAAGGCAACUUGGAGAGAAUGUUCGACAAGAGUAUGAGCGAUUUGGUGCGGGGAAUAAGGAACAAUAAAGAUAACGAGGCCAAAUAUAUCGCGCAAUGUAUGGAAGAAAUUAAAGUAGAGCUUCGCCAAGAUAAUAUGGCUGUUAAAGCCAAUGCAGUUGCCAAAUUGACAUAUCUACAAAUGUGUGGAUAUGAUAUUAGUUGGGCAGGGUUUAAUAUUAUAGAAGUGAUGAGUUCUUCAAAAUUUACUCAUAAACGGAUAGGUUACCUGUCCGCGUCACAGUGCUUCCAUGCCGAGUUAGAGAUGCUAAUGUUGACGACCAAUAUGAUACGAAAGGAUUUAAGUAGUCAAAAUCAAUACGAAGCUGGUUUAGCCUUAUCUGCAUUGGCCUGUUUUGUCAGUCCUGAUCUUGGAAGAGAUCUUGCCAACGAUAUUAUGACACUGUUAUCAUCUACAAAGCCUUACCUCAGAAAAAAGGGUGUCCUCAUGCUAUACAAAAUAUUUUUGACGUACCCUGACGCCCUUCGUCCCGCAUUUCCACGACUCAAGGAAAAACUGGAGGAUCCCGACCCCGGCGUUCAAUCGGCCGCGGUCAACGUCAUAUGUGAAUUGGCGAGAAAAAAUCCGAAAAACUAUCUUAGCUUAGCCCCCAUAUUUUUCAAGCUGAUGACAUCUUCCACCAAUAAUUGGAUGCUUAUCAAGAUUAUUAAACUGUUCGGAGCUUUGACACCUUUAGAACCACGGCUUGGGAAAAAGUUAAUUGAACCGCUUACCAAUUUGAUUCACAGUACUUCCGCGAUGUCGCUCUUGUACGAAUGUAUCAACACUGUGAUAGCAGUCCUGAUUUCGAUUUCUACAGGGAUGCCUAAUCACAACGCGUCUAUUCAGUUGUGCGUUCAGAAACUUAGAAUUUUAAUCGAAGAUUCAGAUCAAAACUUGAAAUAUCUUGGCCUUCUCGCCAUGUCCAAAAUUUUAACGACACAUCCCAAAUCGGUACAAACGCACAAGGAUCUUGUGAUGAGAUGCUUGGACGAUAAGGACGAAUCCAUUAGACUGAGAGCCCUAGAUCUUCUUUACGGAAUGGUUGGGAAGAAAAACCUCAUGGAAAUUGUUAAGAAAUUAAUGGUCCACAUGGAGAAAGCGGAGGGAACAACUUACCGGGACGAAUUAUUGUGCAAAAUCAUUAAGAUUUGUUCACAGAAUAAUUAUCAGCAUAUAACUAAUUUCGAGUGGUACGUCAGCGUACUUGUCGAGUUGGCUCGAGUUGAAGGCCUUAGUCACGGUGAUCUUGUUGCUGCCCAAAUGCUCGAUGUUGCCGUUCGCGUUCAUACAAUCCGGCCAUUUGCCGUCCAGCAGAUGAGUUUAUUACUUGAAAAUCCGUACGUAAUUUUCGGAUUUAGCGGAGGCAAUACCAGAGCACCAAACAUGACACAAGUCUUAUACGCGGCAGCUUGGAUUUGUGGCGAAUAUAUUCAAUUUCUACCCAAUCCACAAUUAACUCUGAUGCAUUUAUUGGAACCAAAAGUUUCCCAACUGCCAUGCAAUAUACAAUUUGUCUACCUCCACAACUGUUUGAAGAUCUUAUCCUUCCUCUUAUCCAAAUCAAAGCAUGUCCUCCCAACAUCUUCUUCCGAAACAACGGCAGAUCUUCUUGAUUCGGGAUUGCAAAAUGGCGAAAUCUCAGAGAAACCAGAAAUUUCAAAGUCUUCCUCCUCGCAUGACGAUGAAUUCAUUGACUUUAACGCAAUCCAAGAAAAACUGAAAGUUUUCCUCUCUUCGGAAGAAUUAGAAGUGCAAGAGAGAGCCGGAACUCUCCAUAAUUUUAUCAAGUGCUAUGUCAAGUUACAGUCAAAAGGUCAGUCGGACGACUUGGCUGAAGUUGCUGGUGAACUUGCCGCCGCAUUUUCCAGUGAGUUGAAUCCAGUUGCAUCCAAAGCCCAGAAAAAAGUUCCUGUCCCGGAAGGUUUAGAUUUGGACAAGUGGAUUAAUGACCCUCCAUCAGAGAGUGAAGAGGAGGAGGAAGAAGAUGACCAUGUGCACUCUACCGAAGUUUUUGUAAAGACGUCUUCGACCGAGUAUGAGAGAAAACCAGCAUAUCAACCGACUCCGGAGGAAUUGAAUCAGCAACGGGAAAGCCGAAAACACGAGCAAAAGAUGAAUCCCCACUAUCUCAAAGACGUGGCAAAGUCUCCAUCUAAAAUUAUCAACCAAAACGGAUCUGGAGAUGUCCCCCCAAUUGCGAAACUCGAUUUGAAUGUGCCUUUACAAAUUCCAACCUUCGCUUCAUCCGACAAAUAUCUGGAUGAAAACAAAAAGAAGAAAGUCAAACCAGUCAAGAAAGCGAAGAAAUCCAAGAAAAAGAAGAAGGGAAAGAAAAGCUCGGACGAAGAGGAUGAUGAAGAAACAGUCGAAACUUUCCAUGUCGUCAAUACUGCAAUUGAAAUGCCGGAAGGUGCCACUUUAUCCGACACAGAAGAAUCUGCUCUCGCUGAAAAUGAUCCUCACAGGGCUUUGGCAGAUAUAGAUUUAGACAUGCCGCUUCAUCCCGGUGAAAAUAUUCCAUCUCCUGCUCAUCGAAUAUCUAAACAAUCUGGUGAUCCAUUCUAUCUCAAAAUGACAAAAGAUAAAAACCACAAUUGUGAUAUUAGAGAAGAAGAUUCCGCAAAAACAACUGAAAAAUCUCACAAGAAGCAUAAAAAACAUGGCAAAUCUGGAAAAUUAAAAAAGACUAAAGGAAACGAUAUUGAUUUAUUGAUAGAAGAUCCGACUCAAAUUUCACAAGGGACCGUCACUCAGAACGGAUCUUCCCAACUUUUUGAAGAACUUAUCACACCGAUGGAAGACAAUUCGAAAUCUGUUCAAGAUUAUGUUAACAAUUUUCUGGAUGAUUUAGAUCCAAUAACAACACCAACCACGACAGAUAUUCAGCACGAUAUUACACCUGCUGAGGAUUCGGGACGUGCCUCAAAGAAUAUUUCGUCCGAUGAAUUCGCCGACUUGCUAGCUGGAGGAGAACUAAAGUUUAAGAAGAAGCUGGAAAUUCCUAAUGAUAUGGAAGUUAAAAAGGUGGUCUCCAAGAUCGUGAAAAAAUGCAAGAUGCAAGUAAUAGAAAAUGCUCAAGGCUGCUCGUCCUUAUAUCGUGUAACUUCCAAAGGCUUCCAUGUUUGUCUCCUUGUCAAGGAAAAGCGCAAGUCCAGCACAAUCUCCAUCGAAGGGAAGAGUAACUCUGAAGACGCGAUGAAACGAACUAUAAAAGAUAUUACAAAGUUAUUCAAACUUCAAGAGAGCUGACCUGUCAUCGUCGAGUGUCUCUUUGAUCCUACCAACUUCAACGUCGUAUCAAUCAGCUCGUGUUUGAAUGUCCAUGUUUGACGUGUCUGCCUCAUCAUUCUCUUUUUCUCUCUCUUUGUAACAUUUACUUACUUGCGUAUGAAUAUUUACAAAGCUUUAUGAUAUUUCUCUUAAAAAAUCAAAUUUGAAUUUUGAUAAAAUUCGGGUUUCAUAAAACUUUUUAUCAUUCUUCGGAAAUAUUGAAUUUUACGUAAUUCAUAAGUGUAGUAAUUUAAAUUAUUUGCUAGUAUUUAUUUAGUAACACGUCUAGUGCAACAUGUACCCUGAAUUGUCGAACAAUUUUUAUCAUUUAUUUAUUUACCUUAAUAUAGAAAUUAAUUAAUUAAUUGUAUAAUUAUUUAGUCUAAUAUUUCCACUAGUUAAGUUAUUCGACUUACUUAUCUAUUUCCGGCUGGCGCUGGACUGGUAGAAAAAUAUGGUGUUAAACAGAACAUUAUGUACGAUUUUUAUUCUAACCGAGUGCAAAAAAGGUAACAGAAAACUUGUAUCGUAAAUGCAAUCAGUGUACAUAACUUUUUAAAUGUUAGCAAUUAAUAUUAAUUAUUUAUCCACAUUUUGUGAAACCCCAUUCUUUUUCCUCGCCAAAGGUGAUAAUAAGAUGACAUUGUAUUAUUAUUCAAAUCAA